UGCCCGUGAUAUGUUUUUCCGAGUUCUUUCUGCCGAAGAACCAUCUAUUCGGGUUCUGACAUACGCCCCAGGUUGGGUUGACACAGACAUGUUGCGAGAUCUAGAAGCAAAUUCAUUCUCAACUCCAAUCCGUAAAUUGGUAAAUGGCCUGCGUGAGAACGGCGAAAUAGUGGCACCGGAGGAAUCUGUUGCCGUCCUUGAACGGGUACUGGAGGACAACGCGUUCGAAAAUGCUGAUCACGUGGACAACUAUGGUCAGACAGCUCAGCCAUAUAUUGAUAAUUUUAUUAAUUGAGACAUAACUUUCGAGUGAUUUGAUGUCCAAUUAUUUCGAUGGAUAUCAAGGCCUCAAGCUGUUACAUUUCAUUGUAGCUAACAAUAAAUUCCGAUAACAUCAUUGUAAUGAAAUAUAGUAUUUUAUGUUGAUAAGAAUCAGUGAUGAUUUAUGAUAUAUGUAUAUCAUCGAAAAGACUUGAGCUGUUUUAGAGAAAAUUUACGUAUACGGAAAAGUAAUCAAUAAAAAAUGAGAAUUACGCAUGAAUGCAACAAGAUGUUAUUUUCAAUUACUGGAAGGAAGUAUCUAAAUGCAAUCAUACAUGCAUUUAUAUAUUAAAGAGCUUGCCAUUUCUCACCAUUUUGUCUAAGCAAAAUCUAAGGCAAAAUACAAACGUCAGGGUAAAAUUUGUGACGACUAUAAACAAUAAGUAGGGUACUGAUCGUCAGGAGGAGAUAACUUCUAACGAUAAAAAAACAUGAGUAGGUACUCAUCGCAAAGGUAUAAUGUCUAACAGUAAUGUCUGGAAAAAAUACAUAUUAAAUGUAGUUGGAGUACUGAUAAAUAUUAACUCGAUGUUACAAGUUCCGGCUUGGCCAGACCCUCCAAAAAUGCAUAGCGAGUGCCUCGUUAAUAUUCAUAUGGUACAAAUGACAUAUAUUAGUUAUGGUCUGUUUUUUGUUUAAAUGAUAAAACAUUGUCCGUAAUCUAUCGCUCGUGAGAAGCAAUAUCCUGCAGAGAUACCUUGAGCCUUCGGCAGAUAAUUUGCAUAUUACAUCACGUGAGACGUCCGACUUACUGAUAGCAGUGCUUAAGUACUGUCGAUGUAAGAGGUAGACUUUGUCGGGGAUACACGUGUUUUAAUACACUUGUGUUUUACACAUUACGUGCUGUUGAAGUUCUGUUAUUGUAGGCAAGCUAGGGGCGACAUGGAGAAACAAGAGAAUAUGUUCCUAAAGAAGAGUUUUGUAGCCAUUACCGGAGCCAGUAGAGGAAUUGGUAGAUGCAUGGCCCUGAAGUUUGCGGUCAAGUUCCCUCCGAAUUCCGUCUUGGUACUGAUGGCGAGGAAUGUGGAGGCUUUGGAAAGUGUCAGGACCGAAUUGCAAGCAACGGCUCCCAAUAUAACGGUAUUUGUUCGACAAUAUGAUCAAGGAAACACUAAUGAAGGAUACUUUAAAGGAAUAUUUGAUAGUCUGCUCACUGAGAACAAACUUUCAAAGGGUGUGUUUGAACAGGUAAUGCUUGUUCAUAACUGUGCUACAAUCGGUGACAAAGAAAAGACCACGCUUCAGUUGUGUGACGCCGACCUCGUGCGGUCUUACUAUGACAUAAACCUCUGCGGCAUGAUUCUACUCAACGCAAGCUUCUUCGCAACAUUUUGUGAUCCGUCAACGUCUCGAGUCGUGGUCAACAUAACGUCAGGAACUUCCAAGGUUCCAUCGCCGUCUCUCCACCUGUAUUGCUCAGGCAAAGCUGCCCGUGAUAUGUUCUUCCGAGUCCUUUCUGCCGAAGAACCAUAUAUUCGAGUUCUUACUUACGCCCCAGGUGGUGUUGACACAGACAUGUUGCGAGAUCUGGAAGAAAAUUCAUCCUCAACUCCAAUUCGUAAAAUGCUAAAUGGCCUGCGUCAGGACGGUCACAUACUGACACCGGAUGAAUCUGUGGCCAACCUUGAACAGAUACUAGAGGACAAUGCGUUUGAAAAUGCCGAUCAUGUGGACAACUAUCGUCAGACAGCCCAGCCAUAUAGGACAAAUUUGUACAUUGAAACAUAACUUUCAUGCAAGAGUCAUUCGAUGCCCAAUUAUUUCCAAUUGAAAUCAAGGCCUAACCCUGUGAAAGUUCCUAGUAGCUGAACAUAACUAUCAAUGGAAUCAGUGUAAUGAAAUGUGAUAUUUUAUGUUGAUUCGAAUAAAUUAUGAUUGGUAUUAUAUUUUCAUCAUCGAAAAGACUUCAGCUGUUUUAAAGAGAAUUUACUCACGUGUACGAUGAAAAAAAAAUCAAUAAAAAUGAAAGA